GCCAUCGAUUGUUUUGCAACGCUAACAUAUAACGAACCAAGUGCUAAUUCGUUAAAGAGUACAACAACAACAACUACGACAAAUCCUUCGACAACGCCACUACUUCAAGAAUAUGGAAUGUCCGGAGCUGCUGCCGCCAGCUAAUGUCCGUGGCAUGAGGCACUUACAACGUGGAGAGUUCAAAAAAAACGUGCAAGUCCCCAGGCUGAGGAUAAACGAAUCCCAAGUGGAUCAUGUGAUGCCAUUAGUUAAGAAAUUUAUGCUUAAAAUGGAGAAAUUAAAGCCAGUUAGACCAGUGGUGGUAGAUGGUGGAUCAGACGACCAAAAGGCACAACAAAAGGAGAUUUUGCUUCAUCCUUUGCCCAUCACCAAAUGGGAGUCGCUGCCCACGGAAGAGCUGGCAAAAAGGGAUAUCACUGAGCAGAACUUUUCCUUCAGCCAACUCGAACUAGUCUAUGACAAUUGGACAGCCAAUGAGAUACUGAAAAGCAUUUUGCCCUUAGAAGAAGAGGGUCUCACCUCCUAUUCCCGCAUCGGUCAUAUAGUGCAUUUAAAUCUACGUGAUCAUUUGUUACCCUUCAAGAGCAUUAUCGGCCAAAUUCUGCUAGACAAACUGCCAAAUUGCCGUUCAGUCGUCAAUAAAGCGUCAACAAUAGACAACACCUAUCGUAAUUUUCAAAUGGAAUUGAUAUGUGGCCAAGACGACUACCAAGUCGAGACCAAAGAGAAUGGGAUUCCCUUUGAAUUUGAUUUCUCGCAGGUAUAUUGGAAUCCUCGUUUGUCCACGGAACAUGAACGCAUUGUAAAAUUACUGCAACCCGGCGAUGUCCUCUACGAUGUCUUUGCCGGAGUCGGUCCAUUCAGUGUGCCGGCUGCGAAGAAACGUUGCCAAGUCAUGGCUAAUGAUCUGAAUCCUCAUAGUUUUCAAUGGCUACAGCACAAUGCAAAGCGCAAUAAAUGUCUAAAUAAUAUCCAAAUGUUCAAUAAAGAUGGCCGAGAAUUCAUAUUGAAAGAUCUACAGAGAGAUCUUCUUGAGCGAUGGCAUAAAUCCGAUUCGAAUUAUUCCAUACACAUAACGAUGAAUCUGCCUGCCAUGGCCGUUGAGUUCUUGGACGCGUUUCGUGCUCUAUACAAUGACAAGGACUUGCACGAUCUAUCCAAAGAUCUUUUAAACUAUCCCACAGUUCAUGUUUAUGCCUUCGCCAAGGGUGAAAAUACAAAGGAUCUGGUAAAAGAAUUGGUCGAACAAAAUUUGGGCUGCUCCCUUAACGCCGAGGAAAAUUCACUUAAUAUUAGUUUUGUUCGCAAUGUGGCUCCCAAAAAGGACAUGUAUAGAGUGACAUUUAAACUCAAUUAUCAUCUGUUGACCACAACCAAGGAGACGGAGACGACGGAGCCUGUUGUAAAGAAACGCAAAGCAGACGAUAGCGACGUGGCUCUUACUAAAGUGAAAUAUGGGUCGCAACAAGGCUAAUAACAAGAAGGUAGCUGCAACUGGCGCUUCUACCAGCGCCAAGCCAAA